GGGGCCGAGCCCGGCCGGUCCCGCCGCGCAGCUCUGGCGGCGGGCGGCGAUCCGCAGCCGUGCCCGGCCCGGCACAGCCCGGCUCGGCUCGGCUCGGCUCGGCAGGAGACGGGGACUCGGGGAGCUGCCGCUGGCCGGGACCAGCAGCCCCGGAGGGAAAGGCCGGUCACCGAUGACUCUCUUCCCGAAACAGGGAGGAAUGCUUCGCCCUGUGGGAAGCCGGAAGGAGCAAUACCGAUUUUGGAAGCUGCAUUUCGGGGCAGGUUUUCUGAUGGAUCAGCCAUCUGACCCAUGGCUGUACAACUGCAAGGUCUGGCACAGAGGGAAGCAGGGACCUGCAUCGAGGAGGGGAUAGGGUUGCACUUUCCCUAACCUCUGCAACUCCAAAGAGGAGAUCAGCAGUUAACAAAGGCGGAGUGAAGAAUUUGCCACGUGGAGACUGAAGGUGUAUGAGAAUAAAAACCUACAGAGGAGAUCAGCUCAGCUGCAGAUAUUCCACUUUUUUUUUUACCUGCCAUCCCACGGGCUUCAAGGGGAUCUUUGUUACACGUUCAGAAGAAAACACUGUCACAAGUACAUAGUUGUGUCACCUGCAGUUUGGUGCCAGCUGUAGUGUAGAUGGCUCAGCUUCCUCCUGGGAUUCGUUUCAUCACUUCAUUUUCACGAGAUCAGUGGUAUAGAGCCUUCAUUUUCUCUCUCACUUUCCUGCUGUAUGCCAGCUUCCAUUUAUCAAGGAAACCUAUUAGUAUAGUUAAGGGAGAGCUGCAUAAGCAUUGUGCUGCUUCACAUGAAGUUGAACUUGACUCCUACAAAGAAUAUGCUACCCAGAUUCAGCCUGUCAAAAAGCCAUUUAAUGCCUCUCAGUGUGGUUGGGAGCCAUUUGAUAAGAACAACUACAAACAGUUACUGGGAGCGCUGGAUUACUCGUUUUUGUGUGCAUAUGCAGUUGGAAUGUAUUUAAGCGGACUGAUAGGAGAGCGGCUGCCUAUCCGGUACUAUCUGACGGGUGGGAUGCUCGCCAGUGGACUCUUCACUGCCAUGUUUGGAUUGGGUUAUUUCUAUAACAUACAUAAUCUGUGGUUUUACAUAAUGGCCCAGAUAGCAAAUGGGUUGGUGCAAACUACUGGCUGGCCGAGUGUCGUUACAUGUAUUGGCAACUGGUUUGGAAAAGGAAGGAGAGGUUUGAUCAUGGGAAUCUGGAAUUCACACACUUCAGUGGGAAAUAUCCUGGGAUCCUUAAUUGCUGCUUACUGGGUGUCCACGUGCUGGGGUCUGUCCUUCGUGGUGCCCGGAGUCAUCGUUGCUGUGAUGGGCAUUGUUUGCUUCCUGUUCCUCAUUGAGCAUCCUAAGGAUGUAAGUUGCUCCUGCACACCAUCCAGUAGUGCUAAAACCUUCCUGAACGGUGCAUCUCGAUGCAGAAUCCAGAUGCCGACCUUAAAUGCUAAGGAAAACGGCAAACCUCAGGAUCCAGAGGUGCAGCAUUUGCUUACUGACAGUGAAAACUGCAGCGUGUCCCUGAACUCCAGCACUGUGCUCAGCGGGGAGGGAAGACAUGGGGCAUCAGCAAUCAGCUUCCUUGGGGCCUUGAGAAUACCUGGAGUUGUAGAGUUCUCCCUUUGUCUUCUGUUUGCAAAGCUGGUGAGCUACACUUUCCUCUUCUGGCUUCCCCUGUAUAUCACAAAUGUAGAGCAUCUUGAUGCCAAAAGAGCUGGGGACCUUUCUACACUGUUUGAUGUGGGUGGAAUCUUUGGUGGAAUUUUGGCAGGUCUCAUUUCAGACAGGCUGGAGAAGAGGGCAUCAACCUGUGGGAUGAUGUUACUGCUUGCAGCGCCCACGUUGUACAUGUUCUCUACAGUCAGUAAAAUGGGACUUGAGGCCACUGUGGUGAUGCUGCUUAUCAGUGGUGCCCUGGUGAAUGGCCCUUAUGCCCUGAUCACCACUGCUGUCUCUGCUGACUUGGGCACCCACAAAAGCCUGAAAGGGAACGCGAGAGCCUUGUCCACAGUGACGGCGAUCAUCGAUGGAACUGGAUCUGUAGGUGCAGCUUUGGGACCUCUCUUGGCUGGUCUUAUUUCCCCAUCUGGUUGGAACAACGUGUUUUACAUGCUCAUGGUGGCAGAUGCAUGUGCCUUGCUACUCUUACUCCGUCUUAUUCAGAAGGAACUUCAGUGUGAUGCAGAUCACACCCUGUUUAAAGAGCACUGAGCUACGAGAGCAGAGCUGGAAUAAGGACUGCGUCAGUGGUCGGAGCUCUUCCCUGAAAUCCAAACCUCAUGGGAUGAUUUAUUCUGUCUUUAAGAGGUUCUGUUGGGUGAAGAACUUUGCACCUUUACAGGAAGCAGUGUGAGAAACGCAGCUGGUGAAUCCCUGAAGCUCUUUAUUUUUGCACAUGAGUAAGUACCUCAGGAUGGCAACUGUUCAUCAGAGGAAGAGACGGGAACCUUGGGAAGGUUUUAGCAGCACGCCUCAACUUGAGCCAAAGAGAAAUACCAAGUGCCUUUUUUAAUUCUUUUGAUAGGAUGUUUUUAAUUAAAAUUAUGAACUGUGUAUUUGCCAAAAAUCAAGGCAAAACUAGAGCAGAAGGAAGUUGAAAUUGUACCAGCCUGGCAGUGGCUGUCCCAGUGUCAGCGAGCGAGGUCUGUGUCUCUUACGUCAUCUUGUGUACAUUGAGGGCAUCACUUCACAGAGGACAAUAUCAGCUGGUCAUUAAGAUGUGCUGCUGUUAGUAUUUUGAAGCUGCUCAGACAGCAGCCACCCACUGUAUUAUUAGUUUAUAACUACAGUACUGCUUCCCAAGGACAACAUCCAGCCUUUUGGUAGGUAAUGAAAUGGAAUUUACUGUUGCCAUGUACUGCAGUUAGCAGUUUUCACAGAUUCUCUGGGUGAGUGUUAGUCCUCAAUUAGGAUUGUGCAAAAAAAAAAAAAAACAAAAGAAAACAGGAGUCCUAAGCAACAAAAAGCAGCUUAUGAGUCAGAAUUUCCAGUGGGGGCUCUAAUGAUUUUCAGGGCAUUAUAAACUGGCUGUGCAAACGUCACGUAAUUGUCUGCCAGGCUGGGCUGAAAUGAGAGGUGGUUUCUUGUGAGCUGUGAGCUGUCCUUGUCUUACAGCACUCGUGGGUUGAGCAGAUGAGCUGCUUCAGUGCCCACUUGCCACAGUGAUCUCUGUUGGGUACUCGUGAUUCCAGUGCUGGGGUGGGCACGUGGCAGUUGUCAGAUCAGGGCCUUUAACAUCCAGAAAUGUCUCUCAAGUGGCUCAUUUCCAGUGGCUCUGAAUUUCAGAAUUUGGGGCCGAAAUAUCAGAAAAAUUAGCUGUGUGGGCAGUAGUUUGUAAGAGAACAUUUGAGUAACUAGUGUUACCCAGAAAAUAGAUGGUUUAGUGUCUUCAGGACAUAUAAUUUCUUUGUCCAGCUGCUUUGCAAACAGACGUUUCUGUGAUUUUUUUUUUAAAGAUGUAUAAAGUGAAAAGAAGUCCUUUUUGUAUGAGGUGUUUAUACUUAAAUCACAAAGGCUAGAUAAUUUAAACCAUGUGUUGUCCUUAACUGUAUUUAUUAAAGCACUAGGCAUAUGUCUUGUUCUGAGCUAUGCUCUUAAGUUCUGUGAAACAAUGCAGCAGUCUUUGCACUCGAUUAACAGAACACUCUAAAACAGCCCUGCAGAAAUGUCCCAUCAGCUGCUGGUGUUGUGUUCCACGUGCUGGCACAGCACCUGCUUUCCAGGGCUGUAAUUUUGAUAGUUGCUCAGUCUGUUGAGUCGCUUCACUGGUUUGAUUCAGCACUUGAUUUAUGCUUGAACACUGUAAGAAGGUGCUCAUUUUUAACUGUUUUGCUGAACAGAGGUAGAGGGAAGACCUCAGUGCCACAGGGCCUUAAGGAAAGUGUUGGGUCCUUGCAGAGGAACAGUAGGUAGGCCCUGUCCCUGCAGUUACCUGGAUGAAUGGUUGACUUCACACAUUUUGGGUAAGCCUGUUCAGACCACUGGGGAAGGUCUCAACAUCUAAAUGCAUAAAUCUGGGAUGUGCUUGGGCUGUGAGCUGUAGUUAAAUGGGAAGGAAUUCUGCACCAAUGUUGCUUGAAAAGACUUCUAUCCCCAGUGGAUUGAAACAGCUUCUGUUGGGGGGAAAAAAUAGCACUGCAACCCCAAGACAUCCAUACUGGCACAGCUUCAGGGGCUGUGUGAGGAGGGAGGGAUUGGAUGGAGGAAUUCUUUAGCUGAAGAUUCCAAUCCCUUUCCCCUAAAAACGUAUGUAGAGCUUUGUAUUAGUUUAUUGAAACAAUUCAAACCCUGCUGGGCUCAGAUUUUGAGAAGCUGUUCCCUGUGGGCUGAGGUCUUAGUUUUAAAAAGCUUUUGGUUGUAUUUCACAGUUAGAGGCUGUAAAGAUACUUUGUUUGUGUUUGGGUUUCACUUGUUGGGGCUGCUGCUGUUAUUUAUUUAUUUAUUUGAAUAGCUUUUGCACUUCAGUGACUGGGGUAUGGGUUAGUGAUGAAGUUGGAGGUGCUGGGCCGAGUCCUUCCUUCCUUCCCUCGAUUGUAGGAGGGAGUUGGGACUCUCAGCGUGCCCGUGUCUCCUUCCAUGUUAAUCUGCAGCAUUUUGGUUCCUCCCAGCUACAAAACUGCUGGACAAGAAGAUGAAGAUUUGCUUUUCUUUCUUGAAAACCCUAAAGGAUCCCCCUUUAGGUGGAUAAACAGUGUGUUUUGUUAGUAUUGGGUGUCGGUAUGCGUUGAUCUGGAAAUGAGCAAGACUGACAAAGUCGUGUAUGUAGAAAUGUGAGUGACCAGUAGGUACAGCCAAAUUUAAAUAUGACUGCAGGGUUUGUUCGUUUUUUUAAGGCUGGUUAUUGUGAAUUUUAUCCUUUACCAACCUGUGUUGAAUAAAAAUAGAUUCUGUUCUAAAAUGAGAAA